UCGGUGUCGUAUCAGCGCUUUGUCUCGCAAGUCGCUAUACCGAACGUAUUCUCGGAGAUCAGAGACUCUCGAGAGACUCGCUUGAGGUUGGUUUAAUCUCCGAUCACGCCGCAGUAAUUACCACCGUCGCUCGCCGGAAUACUUCCGAGAUGUCUGAUUCCGAUAUGGAAAUUGACGAUGACGAGCUCCAAGUACAUGUACAACCCACAGUUGCGGGAGAAUCUCGAUUGCUUGCUAGACCAAUCGAAGCUUCCAAUUCCCAGAACGAUGUGAAGAAGCAUUCAGAUGAGCAAUUAAAGAUCAUAAAUGGAAACUUACAACCUAAUCUUUCUGGGAAUAGUGGGAAGAAUCCAAUUCUGGAAGGUGAAAAAGGCAUAAUUUUACCAAGUCUCAGAUUUCCUGCUCCGGGACAAAGCUUUCCGUUGGUGAAUGGACCAGAACAAACAAAGAUCAUAAACGGAUACUUACAACCUAAUCUUUCUGGGAGUAGUGGGAAGAAACUUAUGCUGGAAGGUGAAAAAGACACAGUUUUAUCAAGGUUUCCUGCUCCGGUGCAAAGCCUUCCGCCGGCGAAUGGACCAGAACAAAAACGUCCGGCAUAUCCCUGCAAGUUUUUUGCUCAAGGGCGGUGUACCAAAGGGAACUCCUGCAGGUUCCUUCAUGUGAACGAGAAUAUGAAUCGCACUAGUCAGCAACAGGUGGUGAAUAAUAUGGCUGGAACUAGCGGUAUCCAGUCUAUUGAAGAAAGAAGACCGUUGGAGAGCAAAGAAGGUGUAAGAUUCCCCAUGUUAAGCACAAAUGGCGUGACAUCUUUGGUGAAUCCCCCGGCUGGUCAGAGAGUUUUCCCUUUCACGAACGAGAUGCGCUUUAUGCCUUCAUUGGAAAACAUGGGAAGAGGGAGUCUGCAAAAGUGUGGUGCUGUUUUCACAGAGAACAGGCCUGUAUUUGGUAAUAGCACCAGUUCCUUCCCGUUGAGAAGCAUCUUUGUUCAAGAACAUGGAUCUUUUAUCACUUCAAAUAGACAAACAGACAUGGGAUCUUCUGGACCAGCGUGGACAGGAUCCGUGUUCAGUUCUGCUCCUCUGAAUCAGUAUGCUUCUCCCUUUGGGAAUUUUGAAAACAGGAAUGAUAAAAAUGGAUCUGGAUCGCUACCAAUGGAGCAAGCGUUAUCUGUUCCAUCCGUUCAAGAUGCAGAAGUCGACACGACUAGCGACAAAAAGGAAGUUUCUUCAAAUGAUUGGGAACCUUCUGAACUUUUUCGACCAUCUUUCACAAUUCCUCCCUAUAUACUUCCCUCGUCUGAUGCCCUCUAUGAUCCUUUCACGGAUAUAGAGAAUCCAGAAGACAAAUCUCCUAAAGCUCAAUCGUCAACUAAAGGGAAAGAUGCUCAGAAAAAGUCCGGCCAGCAGAAAGAUGGUGAUUCUGCUAGUAAUGAUAAAAACAGUUCAUGCAGCCAAAAUCAAUUCCAAGAAACUGUGGUGAGGAAAAAUUUGGAAGCACAUGGAGUAGUGGAAGGAGUGGCUACUUCAGUGGUUGAUCAAAAUGAUGCAAGUGCAACAACACCAAGCAAAGAGAUAUCUUCAUCGGCGGCUGUUGAGAAUAGAGCUGUCUUGAAAAGAAGCAAACCUGCAGGGCAUGAAUCUUGGCAUAGAAGUGAUGGCUCAUCACAUCAAAAGAAGUUGAAAACAGAUGAGAUGGAUGGGGAAGUAAGGUCGGAUGCAGGAACAAAAGUAAUGAGACAGUUCAGGACAGCAGUUGUGGAAACCAUUAAAGAUAUGUUGAAACCGUUGUGGCGUGAAGGCCGUCUUAGCAAAGAUGUGCAUAACAUGAUAGUUAAAAGAGCUACUGAAAAGAUAGUCGGUGCUGCUGUCCAGUUACAUCAGGUGCCGACUAACAACGAAUCAGUUGAGAAAUAUCUUAGUAUGUCUUCAACCAGAAUUGUGAAGCUGGUAGAGGGGUACGUCGAAAAGUAUGGUAAACCCCAGUCUAAACCCUCAGGUAUCAUCAAAUCAAAAGCCAGUUAAUACCGGUGGCAUGAGCGCAAGCUGAUGAUAUUCUUGUAAAUUAUGGCAUCUUCCUUUUCUUGGAUUAGGACUUGCGCCUAUUUUUUUGCAUCUCCGUUCUUAUCCUUUUACCAAUAAUGGAAGAAGGCUGGAACUGGAGCUCUGUGGAAGAAUUGUGUAUGCAUUGUAAAACUCUUCAAAGCUUUGAUUAUGCUUAAAAACAGCUUUUCACUCUUAGAAAGAAUAUAAUUGUUUUAUUA